UCACAUGUUGUUACCAACGAUUUGGCGUGCGGCGUUGGUGACACGGAACUUGUCAUCACCACACUUACCGAUUCCAUACUGUUGCUGACCACGAAGUGAAUUAUACUGUCACAGUGGCCGAUAGUAAAACGUGACAUGCCUAUGAACUUCCAAGACAGAAAAUCAAAGUAAAGUCUCUUGAACCUAUCAUAAAAUGAGUUCUUACAGCUCUAGAAGCCUUUGCGUCAGCCCCGCUGUGUGUUCCCUCUGAGCGAACGAUUCAAUGCCCACACUCUUGACCUUGUAUUGUAUCAGGUCCAUCUCUGAACACCUCACACGUCAGCUUCCCAACCUUGCGUCAUCAACUAGCAUUGAGCACGCCGUCAUUCCAUGGCGCUUCACAUAUACAACAGUCCUCAACAAUCACCUGCCCUGCUAUGCUGGGUAUAUAUCCCUUCCCAAAACCUCUCGCCAACUACAACGUACAACACACCAGCAGCACAGAGCAACACAGCACAGCACAACGUACCAACCAAAGGAUCUUGCCAAUCAGAAAAUCAGCGACACUACGAUGAACCCUUCGCAGAGAUCGAAGACGAAUCAGCAAGCGACACAGGCUCCUGUGUUAGAGUGGUCCACCAACGCUGCUACUGGCGCGCGAUCUGUCCCUGAGCCCGAUUAUUGUCUGGGUGGUUCGGGCAAGCACAGUCCCGUGCGUUCAGCGGUAACGGGGAAGAAUCAGCAGGACAGUAAGAACGUGAGUGGGGUCAAGAUGGACAACAGAGCGUCCUGGUAUCCGGGAAGGAGUGGCUUUUGAUGAGGAUGAAGAAGCCCCAGUAAAUCCACAUGCCCACAUUUGACUUCACUAAG